UAGUUUUCUGUGCGGAUGGCGCUCACCACGCAAGUCCAGAAGUGGCAUCUCUCCGCCGGAAUGCAUCGGCGUCUGGUGUCCCAUAAACGUGCGGUCGUUCGUAUGCCCACAUCGUCAAGGCCAAGAGUGCCGACACUCUUUCAGUCACCUACGUCUGAAGAGGUCAAGAUCACACCUAUUCUACGCAAUCAAGCCUUCAUCAAGCCUGAGCUUUACACCGCCGGAAACUCUGUUCAAGCUGGAGUAAAUACUCAAGUCCUGCAAUGGUUAAACCACGCGUUCGAAGAAGACAACGGAAGACAACAAUACUUGGACGUCGGAUGUGCGUGUGGCAGCUUCACGCGACGCUUCCUUCUUGAAAGGUGCAUGCCUUGCAAACGACUAGUUGGCAUCGAUAUCUCUUAUGAUAUGAUAAGAUAUGCCCGUGAGCAUUCGUGGCACCCAAGGAUAGUAUAUGAAGCCCUGGACAUCUGCGGCGACGUGUCUUGGCUGAUCAAGAAAUAUGGCAGGUUCCGACGUGUGUACUCCUUCUUCACGCUUCACUGGGUCAGGGACCAAGCCAGUGCGCUGAGGAAUAUCGCUGAUCUCAUGACAGUUGGUGGAGAGUGCCUGUUGGAAUAUAUUGGGAGUUCGGUGGUAUUCGAUGUCUGGAGGGAGCUUGCAAAGAUGCAGCGCUGGAGAUCGUGCGCUAAGGUCCUAGAAGGAACCAUACCUUAUAGCCAUUACGUCGAGGACCAACGGUCUUACAUCGAAACGCUUCUUCAUCAAUCUGCUUUGAAGCCGCACACAUGUGAAGUGCUCCGGCGAGAGAUAAACAUGCCCGUGCAUGUCCUGAAGGAAAUGUAUAAGCCCCUGCUGCCUGUUCCAACGGAUAUGAGCCGUGAAGAUCACAAGGACAUACUUGACGACUUUGUCUCGGCAAUGGUGUCAGCGUGUGGAAAUGAAUCCAGGGACUCCGUUAUUCUCCGGGCAACGCACUACCUGGUUCAUGCUUCGAAGUCCGUUUAGUGAAAAACGAGGGACGACACAAAAAUACGAGUAUUUCUGUAGGUCGUGCAUCACAGACCGUGCAUACAGAACGUGAAAAUAAUACGUCGUAGACUAAAAUCGACGCAGUUCAUUUGUUUGCCCUUUGACCUGGUCUUCUCUAUUUGGGAUUUCGCCAGGUUCGUUGAUCAAGCUAUUAGCUCCAUGUUUUAUUUUUCUGGAGUCGGUGUAUGUCUUACAAGACGAAAAGUAUUGGAGCAGCUGGCCCUGACCAACUUUACGUUUUCUUCUUCAUCUUAUGUAAUCCAUAGAGGCCCGAUAGAAAAAUAAAUGAGUUAAGAGACUACCUCUAACCACGUGUGCCCAAUGCACUGUUUGUAAUAUUGGAGGUCACAUAUUAAAUACACAGUGACAAAGCCAUACUUGCUCUGGAGCACGUUUCUUCAUUAACCCUUUGUGGCACAUAGCACAAAUGACUGCAAGGAAAAAUGAGACAUUUUUAAUGAUUUAAGCAAAUGAUAAUGUAAUAGAACAAGAACAAUAACUAUAUUCUGACGAUGAGGUGGGGAGGUUUUACACGGUAGGAGUGGAACGUUACCCCAUAGCUAGGGAGUGUAAUGCGAGUGAUGACGAUGAUGAGAGAUGACGGUGAUGAUCGGAGUGGCGAUGGCGAUCCUGAUCGUGAUGGUGUGAAUGUCCCAGGGCGCUGUCGGGGUCAGAAUAAGUCCUUUAGGCCAGUCGCCUCAAAAAACCCAACUACGUGACGUACGCCCGCACUGCAGUGGGCCGCGAUGUCCCAAGGGUCAAGGAUGCACGAUAAGUUGAAGGGGCGGCUGCCAAGGGUGACAAGCUGUAAUUGCAGUAUACGCAUGUCGUUGAUAUAAGUCCUACAGCGGAGGGGUAUGUGAUCCACGUUGGCAAGUACACCACACUCGUUGCAGAUAGGACUAGCCUCACAGCCUAGCAGGUAGCGAUAGAACGGAGUGAAGGCCACGUUCAGACAGGGCGGGAGCGGAGGUGUUCGGGCUGGUGCUCAAGGUACGGGAUAUUCCUCUAGCUCUGGGUGUCGAAUGCGCCCGCAACUAUAUUGUUUUGACUCAGUUUUGGCUCAGUAACCCUAUGCUUCGGAAUUUUUACGUUUUGCCGUUUCUCGGCAACGCAAUCUCUUUGUCCCCCCCUUUCCCUCGUUCCUCUUCUUUGUUUGUUUGUUUGUUAUCAUUAAACAUAUCCCCCCCCCCCCCUUGUCAGUGCCAAGGCUCGCUCCUGGUUUUUUGUUUCAUACUACGUUUGCUGUCGCCACUCCUGCCGUCCUUUCCGUCAGCGAUUAUAUAAUAGAAGAUAAAUAUCCUCAGUCAGCAUAAUGUACAGCGGGCAUGCCACUCACCUGUAACUCGGGGGGGGGGGGGGGAUAUAUUUAUUCAAAGGAAAGGUCUGCCAGACCUGUAACUGCUCACAUGAAAAGCCAGUCAUUUAUUUAACGAGGGAGAGAAGGUUCGUCACGCACCGCACCAAGCUAACCACGUAAAAAAGAAAAGAGAGAAAACGUGAUAACAGUUAAAAGGAUCACCAAUUAAUUUUAAUUAACGAAUUCGUUAAUUAACGAGGAAACCAAAAUAAACCGAGUAUCUCAGAACCCUUAAUAACAUUAUGCCCUAAGUGUGCAAUGCACCAUUUUUAUAAGAAAGUUUGACUAAUUUUAAAUGAAACGCCCUGCAAUAAUAGUGAAAACAGAAAAUCUCGGAAGUAUGAUGGUAUUCAGAGUGCCAUUCGUACCAGCGAUACUCGACUAAAAAGAAGUCUGGCAUUUGAAAUCGAUGAAACAGUUUGAAGAAUCCUUGUGAAGCUCGUCACGCAGUGCCCGCUAUCACCAAUCGAAAGGAAAUGACCCGUGAUAAGUGUUCGCUCGCGCAUCUCUCCUGUCCUUCGUUUCAGGUUUCAUGCCUCCUCUGACCUAUACACGUGUACAAACGUAAAGCUGUCUUACUUACACAACACGUGCUAUUAGGCUAAGCGCACUUUAGGGAGACGGGUCCGCGAAUCUUGGGAAUGUAACAAGUAACGCACGUGCUACAUAGACUGCUUUGCACAUAGAUACACGUUAUGCGCACACGUUAUGCACACGUUACAGCGCUUAGGACGAAUGGGAAAACCUGUACUUGCAUCUGUAUUUUUUUUUCCUGCGAGGCCUGUUGUUGUGGCCAAGUUGAAGUAUCUUACUUCAUGUUGUUGAUAUAAAGUGCAUAAAUGCUUACCCCAUUUCGUAAUAAAACAUACCAAACGCCCACAAAAAUUCCGUAGAACAUCACAAAGACCGUGAACUGGAGGCACCAAGGGCACGUUCCCCUGAGAACCAGGGAAAGGGCGCACGGGAGCAUACUUAACGCGCCCGUGGAGUACAACAAUAACAACAACUACAUUAAUGACAAUGGUAUGAAGUGAUUCACCGCAACAAUUGCGGUACCAUACCUCAGUGCAUGUGGGUUAAUAUAUGAGUGGGAUGACCAUGAAGAAGAUAAGGCAUACACACUCGCAAAUUGGACAUCACACACGCGGGUGCGUCGUAACUGAUGAGGAUAGUAGUUCAUCCGAUCGGCCACCGGAACUGUAAUGCUGUGAAGAUCACAUCUCCGCGUUCAUGGCAAAAGCUCUGAGGUCAGAGGAGUUCACCACACACUACAGUACACACCCACACUACACUACCCUACACUCUCCCACACCACACCACACCACAUUUACUACAUCACAAAGCAUAUCUUAUCUCUUACCACGCUAUAGGAAUCUGGAUUUAUUGCGUGCACACCCAUGCCAACAAACAAAAAGUUGAAUUUUUGUAAAUAGGAAAUUGGGUAAUGCAAAACUAUGUUGAAGAUCCUUGCAAUGUAUCAAUGUAUUUUGCCCGCGUCAAGUGAACUGGUUCUCUUGAUGAUUGCUCUAUUGCUGAAUAUGUUUGCAAUAUGUAAAGUGGACUCGUUUUUUUUUUAUUAUGAUCAGAGCCUUUGUCAAGCUCCACCAGAGCUUUUUGCCCGUGGUACCGCCACUAUGUGGAAAUACAUUACAUUAUUAUUAUUAUU